CAAGACGCCAGUGUCUUGUCAACUGCGAACUUAAAAAGUUUGUGCUGCGUGUAUUUAAAAAUCAAUCUUAACUGCUUAGUUUUAAAAGUGAAAGUGCAAAAUUCCGUGUAGAGUAAUUUCUUCGGAUCCGUUGCAGCAGUUUCGGAGAUCGGUGCUUAGUUAAGAUAUUAAUUUUCGUAUAGAUUUUUAGUUUUACAAAAUGUAUAGUGAAGUUCCGACGUGUAGAAGAUGUUGUUUCUGCGUGCCUUUGCGCUAUGGCUUAAUAGCAUGGGGAUAUAUCCGACUCGUAAUUUCAUUACUUUUCCUUGUCGGACUCACAAUUGGAUUCGUUGGCGUAUUAACAGCAGAAGAUAAAUACAGAGAAAUGGGAACAAUAAUAAUUUUAGGGAUUCUAUUAUUGAGCACCCUUACCGAUUUCGUACUUAAUUUUUUGUUCAUCUUAGGAGGUCAUAAGAAAGACGUUAAGCUCCUAAGAUCGUACUAUGUGUACAGUAUAGUGCUGUGCGUGCUGACGGUACUCCUGGGGACCACCUCCACCAUCCACACCCUGAUGUUAUUCAGGAUCAGCUCCGUUGACUUCUCGUUCUUCUUCUGGGUCAUAUUAGCAGACACGGGAAGUUUUUUCGCCCAAGUUUUGAUUCAAAUAUAUUUCCUGCUACUAGUACGAAGCGAGAUUAUAAAACUAAGGAGUAAUUGUGAAUUCAGAUUUGUAAAUCUUGCUGCUGAAGGAGAAUGUACACUCAAAUGUACUGAAAUCGGUGACAAUGAUGAAGAAGGAAGGCAAUAAUACAAAUAGUUAAGUCUUUAAUAACUAAAACCUCCAUUUUGUGAUAUUAUUAUAGUUAGGCGUUCAUGC